AGCUCCUCAUGGCUCAAGGCAGCAUUGACUGCACUUCCUACAAGCUCGCACAAAGUGUGAGUUUUUCCAUGGAGCCUCCGGAGCCUCUCCAAGAGAUGGCAUCGCUACAUGGAACGUUUUCAAAAGUGCUGGCAGAAGCUGGUCAUGCCAUUGGCAAAUCCGGAGACGGUGUCAUUUGGGAGUGGGAGAGGGCCUGAGAAGUCAUCAGUUUGAUGAGAACAGCUUCGUGAGAUAUUUCAUGUUCGCGGUCACAGUUGCCACGUCGUCCAAUUUUUUUCGAUGUUUAGUUUCAUCUUAGGACUUGGUGAUGACGUGAAUUGACCGUGAUAGACCUCUCUUUUUUUGCCAUGAUAUGUUGUCAUUCUCACAAAAGUGGCCGAGAUGUUACGCAGAUUCCAGGUUUGGGAUUCCACAACGACCACACCUGCAACACGCUUUGUGUUUCACCUCCACCCAUGGAGGGUUAAAGGAAGUGGAGACCUCAAACUGAUGCGAUAGACCAGGUCACCAUCAGCAGCAGCUCCGUUUUGGAAAAAGGACAGAUUUUGGCUCCAAAAACAGGUCACAGACUUCCCAAUCCGAAAGUAGUAGCCUUUAGACCUGAAGAAAGACAAGAUACGAAGACCUCAUCAUCUCUGUCAUCACUUUAAAUCCGGCCAAAUCCAUUCGCCCCGAAAGAACCAAAGCAAACAAACGACGUCGGAUAUCGGGGGCGCGACAUGCCAUCAUGGGUCGCGUCGGGAAGGUCCAAUAGCUUCAGAGUCAAGUCUGCCAGCUUCAGAAGCUUGAGCGAACGCCGGCAUAGACGGCUGCGCCUGGAGCCUGCGGCUAGCUUCUGACGGACAAGACUGCUACUGCUCCAAGGUUCCUGUUUUGAAGAGGAACAUGUAGCGAUUCCACUGAAGAAUGUCAUUACAUGUUAGAAGAGAUUCACCAAAACUUGUUGCUUUUGAAUUGACGUGCUCAAGAAGACGGCAUUCAAGCGCGCGCAGAAGCUCGCAGAAAUCACUUCUGCAACAUGCCGCACUCACACCCCUCGACCGCGUGGAAAACAUCCAACAAGAACUCACAGCUGCCGGUGACGGAUCUUGCUCGGUUCGAUUCAAGUUCUUCUCACUUUGCUUGGCACUAUAAAGGCUUUAAGUUCGGCUUUGACUCAGCGCAGGCUGCAGUUCCAUUUGGUUCAAGGUGCUCAGAGGUGCUCCGAGCCUCACCUUGAGUAAUGCUCAGCUGGUUAGAGAAGGCGACAUGGGAUGCAGCAGCUCUACAGUGGUGAGGUAUCAGCCUCUGAAACAGAGGGAUGAUGAUGCUGGCGAUGUCCAAGACAUCUUGCCAGCGGAGAGACAACCGAUCAGCGCUAUUCAUCCAACGAGUCACGAGGUCCAAGACAUCUCGACCUCAGCUCUGGAGUGUGAACAGGAAUUUGCACCUCCACAGAUCGGUGCCACGGAUCACCGAGCAAGGAGCGAUGUUGAAGACAUCAGCCAACAAAUCGAACUGACUGACCGGUCCAGGUCACUGCGUUACGCCUUACUAGCCCAACAUGACCUUGAAAACCAGACGUCGAUCACUGGGCGUUACCUCAAAGCACAGAUAGUGUGGACCUCCGAGUUCAAGUACGACGAUGGAGCACUGUCAAAGCACCAGGUCGAGGACUUUGGUCUUCUUUUGAGCUUGGACUUCGCAGAAGGUCUUCAAAUUCAAAGCUUGGUGCUGGUGCCGAAAGAAACGCAGGAACGGCUUGAGAAGAAGGUGAAGAACUCCAGCAGCCAAGAUCACGAUGGGACCAAGAUCCUCGAAACCCUGAUCCACUUGGAGGCCUCUGAGUUUGUCCUAGGCUUUUCCUCGCACGAGGUCUUGGACGACAACGGGUGUGUGUCCCACUACCACCCAUCCAUCGUGAUCAGCAGCGAGCAAGGAGAACGCAGGCUCGAGCCACUGUCACGUCACCUCCUGUGGCCGGAACCAGAAGUUGGUGGACUGCUCAAGCCUUUGCCGGAGAAGCUGAUAGUGCCUGAUGGCUUGCUGAAAGAAGAGACGGAGAAGGAGAAGAUCGAGGAGAACUCACAGGAACCAUCAUGCUGUCGUGCAUGCGUACAGACUAUGGCAGAGUGGUUCACCGCCGAAGCGAACCCUGCCGCCAUCGCCGCUUUUCGGAGCAUGCGAGGCGCCUCGCAGCGGGACCACCUCCUCGGAGUGGUCUACGACCAGACGACAACGACGUGGGAUGUGAAGAUCCUCACUGGGCAAACGGCGAUGUUUUGGUUCGAGCUGCUGUGCUUGGACUGCGUGGCCUGGUAUGCAGACGUGCUGCUUGAUAUCAAGCAACUGGUACUCUUUGCACGAACAGCAAAGAUGCAAUAUCUGCUGUUCAAUUUGGCCGGGAUGGCGGCUCCCGUCAUAUUGUCGAUGCAUGAGACCGUGGAAUGGUUCAACCGCCCAGCAACUCCAGCACUUGAUUCAUUGCGACACACAGCAAAUAUGUCCUUGAAUGUUCUGAUGGGAGCAAUGCUGGGAGGCAUCGCACUGCAGUUGCAAAUGCUUUUGCUGACCCUUUGGUCUGCAAAGCACCGCACAAGGCACCCACUGCUGGCAGGAACCAAACACGCCGAGGCUCAGCCAGGGGGCCAUCAAUUCACAAGGGAGGGGGCAUGGUGUCCAUCCCGCGCGCACACACCACGUGUGUAAAACUCAUGAGUAGGGAGGCCACAGGGUGGCCUGAGCACUUGAAUGUUACCUACUUAAAACUAUCAACGAACCUGCAAAUCGUAUCACCUCAUACUAGGGUUGGCCGGCUCGAACCAUCAUUUGAUUGCUCGAAGUUGCAAAUAUUGUGUUGCGUUGGCUAA